UUGGCUUCAGAUCUUUCUUAUCCACAAUCUCUCUCUCUCUCUCUCUAAGAGGAAGAAGCAGAUUGACAGUUGAAGAGGCAGAGAACCCAACUAGCACUUGAAAAUGUGGCAAAAUCCACAAAGUCUGCAAUCAUCAGCAUCAUCAUCAUCAUCCUAUCGAAUCCUUGAAACCCCACCAUGGUUACCACUGCGUCGUCCACAGAUCCAGGUCAUCUCAAUGCAUCAUUCUACUACACCCACAUCUACAUCUCCUCCCACAUCCAAACAACACUGCAGGCUCUCUCGCAGGGACAUAGCAAUUCGCAGUGGCUCUUCCUCACUUCUUCUCUUGUGGACUCAAACCAUUGAACCAUUCUUGCCAUCUAUGGCAUGGGCUGAAGAUAAUCCUUCUGAAGGUAACCCUUCUGAAGAUAACCCUUCAAUUGCUAAUCAAGGAGAAAGUAAUUUGAAAAUCAAUGGCUGCAAGGACAGAACCCCUACACAGCGGGCCUUCAUCGAUGUUUCCAUCGAUGGACAGCCAAUGGGACGCAUUGUAAUUGGACUUUAUGGGGCUGAUGUACCUACAGGUACCACCAGGUUUUCCAAACUUGUAAGUGGAGCUGCAGGUAUCAGUUACAGGAGAAAGGAGUUUGUUAAGAUCAUGCCCAACUACAUUCAGCAUGGAGGGUUAAGAUCAUAUGGUGUGGAUGUUGAACUUGCAAAGAAUACUGGUAGUGAAAUGGCUGUAGAUAGUCUCCUCAAUGAAUGGGAGAGGGUGUAUAAGGAAUGUCCAGGGACCAAGAAUUUGGCUAGGUCUGUGAGCAUUGUAGUCAGGGAUCCAUCAAAACCACCACCAAAGUUGAAGCUCAUUGCGCGGAAAGGGAAAUUAGAGAUUGAUCAAGAGGAAGUUGGGGUUGAUCCUAAUGGGACUGAGUUUGUGAUCACCACUAGAGAUGCUCCAGAACUUGAUGCCUCUUCACUGGUUGUUGGCAGAGUCUUAGAUGGGAUGGAUGUUGUGGAGAGAAUAGCUGGUGUGAAGACUGUGCAAGAGAACACUGGCUCCCCCUACUUCAGGGUGGCCAAGUUGAUUGGAGAUAAGAGAGCUGUUGUUGCAGAGAGAGGCUUCAAUCGACCAUAUGCGAAGAUUGUUGUCACUAAUUGUGGCUUAAUUGAUUAAGCAUUCCAAUCUUACAUUUUUUUUUUCUCAGUACUCUAUUUUUUUUUUUUUUUUUUUUUGAGAGAGGAGAGUGAGAGAGAGAGAGAGAGAGAGAGAGAGAGAGAGGUCUGUGAUGCAGAAUGGCAUAGCUGUUGAGAUUACAAAACCAAGCAGAAUAAUACAUUGUCUCACAUUGCUUUCAUUA